AUGUUAGAAUGUCCGUUAGGUUUUGAAAAUUGCAGUGAAAUAUCAGUCACACGCCAAAUUGUUGUAGCAGUUUUCUACUUUUGUUCAGUAGAUCUCGAUGUCAAUAAUCCCAAUUUUCUUAUUAUGCAAGGACGUAUAACUAAAGUGUUAAAUAUGAAACCAAAAGAAAUUCUUUCCAUGAUUGAGGAAGCUGCUGGCACAAGUUUAUAUGAUAGCAAACGUGAUGCCACUAAUAAACUUUUAGAAGAGAAAGAUUUGAUGGUACGUGGAGCGAAUCAAUUACUUGAUAAAGCAGUUGAAUCAAAACUGGAAAAAUGACGAAAAGAACAGACAGAUUACAUAGACUAUCAAAACAUUUGUAGUGAUAUUGAUCAUUUAACACGCAUUCAAAGGCGGAGCUAGACCAACUCUGGACG